AUGCAUGAAAAAGACAAAAGCACAAACACUACUGAGGCAGCGGUGCCGCCAUCUAUCAAUGAAACAACCACAGCGUUGGGAAGGCCAGAAGCGUUACUAGAGAAGAGCCAACACGAUAUGGAAAGCUCCACGAGUGAAGAAAGGGGCGACGAGGAUACGGUGUAUCCCACCGGUCUCAAGGCCGCGUCAAUAAUGCUUUCUCUCUAUUUAGCUAUCUUCCUCGUGGCAUUGGACCGGACAAUUAUUGCUACCGCUAUCCCACAAAUUACCGACGAAUUCAAUUCUCUGAGCGAUAUAGGGUGGUAUGCAAGUUCCUACAUGAUGACCAGCUGUGCGUUUCAGCUCUUCUACGGAAAACUAUAUGUCUUCUAUCCCACAAAAUGGGUUUUCCUCUCAGCCAUUAUGCUAUUCGAGAUUGGGUCUGCUAUUUGCGGAGCAGCACCCAACUCAGUCGCUUUCAUAUGGGGGCGAUCGAUUGCCGGGUUUGGCUGCUCCGGCAUCUUUUCCGGGGGUGUUGUCGUGAUGGUCCAUACAAUCCCGCUCUCGAGGAGGCCCUUAUUCCAGGGUCUUUUCGGUGCCAUUUUUGGCAUUGCAUCCGUCGUUGGCCCGCUUAUUGGAGGAGCAUUCACUACUCAUGUCACUUGGCGCUGGUGUGCUGUCACUGUGGUCAUUAUAGCUCUCCUGAUAAAAGUGCCGCCCCCGGAAGAGGCUGGUAAACCAUUCAUGUUCCAGCUACGCCAGAUCGACCCUAUUGGAACCUUGGUGUUCGUUCCCGGCAUUGUAUGUCUCCUUCUAGCUCUGCAAUGGGGCGGCUCUACGUAUCAAUGGAAGGAUGGCUGUAUUAUUGCUCUAUUAGUCCUUUCCGGCGUUCUUCUCUUGGCUUUCAUAGCUGUUCAAUUGUGGAAAGGUGACAGUGCAACCGUGCCUCCAAGAAUCAUCAAGCAAAGGAGUAUCGCAGCUGGAUUUUAUUGGGCCCUCUGCUCGGGAUCUGCAAUGAUGGUAAUCAUUUACUUCCUGGCCACAUGGUUCCAGGCCAUUGAAGCAGUGACAGCCUAUGAUUCCGGUAUACGGCUUCUGCCAUUUGUUCUCUCUUUGGUCACAGGGAGUAUAAUCGGCGGCGCCAUCACUUGGAAUGCAGGCUACUACACGCCGCCGCUUAUCCUCGGAACCAUCAUCAUGUCUGUUGGUGCAGGGCUUCUUACUACAUUUAGCGUCAACACUAGCCAGCCCAAGUGGAUUGGUUUCCAGUUUAUCUACGGCUUUGGGCUUGGACUAGGCCUGCAGGUGCCAGCUAUGGCUUCCCAGACUGUCUUAUCGAAACAAGACGUCCCCAUUGGCGCCUCGCUCAUGUAUUUUGCCCAAUGGCUUGGUGGAUCUGUUUUUGUCUCAGUGGGCCAGAAGUUGCUCAGUAAUAAGCUCGUAUCCGGUCUCCAAGAAAUUCCAGGAUUUAGUAUUGUGUGGGUGACUGACACUGGUGCUACCAAUCUUAGAGAUAUCGUGCCGCCCGAAUCUCUAGCUGAAGUCCUCCAAGUAUACGACAAAGCCCUCGUUGAGGUUUUUGACGUUGCUGUUGCUCUUUCCUGUGCUGGGAUUCUCGGUGCUGUAUUCAUGGAGUGGAAAAGUGUAAAGGCCCAGAAAGGGAAGGAAGUGGUAUAG